AAUGGUAAUCUUAAACUCAAGUAAGUAUAAAUUGAAAAAAUUUAAAUUCAAAUCUCAGUUCAUAACAAGCUUCAGAUGACACGAGAUGAGACUAAUCCUGGUUUUCAUAUUUUUUUGUGCAUUAAUUGUUUGCAUUACUGGACAAUAUUCUAAAAGAGAUUAUGCAAAAACUCAAAAAGGAUCGAAGAAAUACUGCAAAAAGAAUGACAUAGAAGUUGAAGUUAACAAAAUCAUUAGUUUCAACAAUCCAUGUGCUCAAUAUGAAUGUCUACCAGAUUAUACUUUACGUGAAACUCAAUGCCAAAAUGUAAAACCACAGAAUUUAAAAAGAUUUCCAGAGUGCUGUGCUGAUCAUGAUAAAUAAAGUUUAAGAUCUUAAAACUUUAGAUUUUAAGAAGAAAUUUGUAAAAAUACUUUUAGUUUUGUAUUUACAAAUAAAAUAAGUCUUAAGUUGUG